AAUCUAGAGAGGCAUAGGGUUUUAGGGUUUCAUUCCUUUAUAAGCGCUCAUUUUCAAGAGCAGAAACCUAGAGAGACAUCAAGCGCCUGUGACUGUGAGAGAAACGGCCCCGUCACAGCAGAGCCAUGGUGCACGUCUCCUUCUAUCGCAACUAUGGGAAGACAUUUAAGAAGCCCCGUCGUCCCUAUGAGAAGGAGCGAUUAGAUGCAGAGCUGAAGUUGGUGGGUGAGUAUGGCUUGAGGUGCAAGAGAGAGCUGUGGAGGGUUCAGUAUGCAUUGAGCCGUAUUCGUAAUGCUGCUAGAAUGCUUUUGACUCUGGAUGAGAAGAACCCACGCCGGAUCUUUGAGGGUGAGGCUCUUCUCCGCAGGAUGAAUAGAUAUGGUCUUUUGGAUGAGAGUCAAAACAAGCUUGAUUAUGUGUUGGCUUUGACUGUGGAGAACUUUCUUGAGCGUCGCCUGCAGACACUUGUUUUCAAGUCUGGUAUGGCUAAGUCUAUCCACCAUGCUCGAGUGCUUAUUAGGCAGAGGCAUAUUAGGGUUGGAAGGCAGGUGGUGAAUAUCCCAUCUUUUAUGGUGAGGGUUGAUUCACAAAAGCACAUUGAUUUCUCUUUGACAAGUCCAUUCGGUGGCGGUCGCCCAGGAAGAGUGAAGAGAAAGAACCAGAGGGCAGCUAGCAAGAAGGCUUCUGGUGGAGAUGGAGACGAAGAGGAUGAGGAGUGAGCCAUACUUUUAGGACGGAUGCUAGUAGAACUCUCUGUUUACUCAGCUAGUUUUGUUGUUACCCCUAAUGAGGCUAGUCUGUUAAAAAAAUAUUACCGCUCUAAAUGUUUUUGGUUUCUGAACUUUGAUAUUGGCUUUGUUUUGUGAUGCAUUAAGUUGUGUACCUAAAGACCUUUGUUGAGGAUUUAUUUUUUGGCAUCAAAUGACAGCGAAUCUUUCUGGUUAUUGAAAUA